AUGACUAUGGGAUUCAAGCUGUCAUCCUUUUAUUGGGCCUACUCGAUCCACUCUCUCCUCUCGACAGCUAUUCCCGAAGCGUACUGCACGGACGGGCCAACCCACAUCUUGACCUUUGUCGACGACAUCUUGGCGUGGUCACGGUUCAUGGACGAAUGUGUUCACCUGAAGAGCGUCUUAGUAUAUAUCCUGGAGAGGGUUAAUGCCAAGGCACCAAUAGCCAAGCGCAAAGGCCCAGCUCGAAAGAUCGACUACUUAGGGCUGACUCUAGUUCAAGGAGGCUAUAGGGUAUCCGACUCUACCCUGGAAACACUCCGUACGAAUCUGGAGUCCAAACCACUCAAUCUCAGAGGUCUUCGUACGAAACUCGGACUCCUACAAUUCUGUCGCUCCCUAUGGAGACCUGAACGCAAUCGUGCCGACAAGACUCUCAGCCAUCUCACGGCACCGUUCACCUCUUUAGUCGGCUCGAUGGUCGCGGCCAAGUCCAAAAAGACUGCGAGUUUACAUUGGACGGCGGGCCUCGAGAAGGCAUGGAAGGCCAUCGGCGACAAUAUGGGUGAUGCAUUCGUGCCCUUUCAUUCCCAGCUUGAUAACUGGGAUGGAAUGCAACUCGUCCUCAUGAGUGACGCGUCGCCUGAGGCCGGUGCAGCCUGUCUAUGGCGUCUGUCGAGAGACAAGUUCGCGUGUAACGCGGAUCAAAUAUCAGCCGACUGGUUGGCUGAUAAUGCCCAACUCAUCGGUGUAUGGACCCACAAAUGGUCCACAUACGAGAAGGCCUACGACAUCGCCGAUCGUGAGUUAUAUGCCAUAUGUCACGCUCUGUCUCACUGGCGUCAACUCAUCCUUUCCUUCCUCAACUUCCAUAAGCUCCACUCCUCGGACAAACACCAUGGUCUCGGACGGGUCACAGUUUUCAUGGACUCCACUAGUGCUCUGGGCAAGAUCGAGGGUCGUCUCAACUCCUCUACCUACCAGCCUACUACUCGACAGACUAAACGGUGGCUCUCAUGGCUGGCAGACCUGCUGGAGUACGAUGAGGCUGAUCUAACCUACCGCCAUGCGAAAGGGAAGGAUAACUCUUUCAGCGAUCUCCUGAGUCGUCUUGCUCAAGGGGGACAGCGGUAUGUCCCUGAGGGUGGUGGCGAAGCGUUUGUCUUG